AAACUGUUGGGGUUUGCAACAUUAUAAAGUAAGCGAGUUUGGGCUCCACGAGUUUACAAUGUUCGAGGAUAACAUUCUUCUUCAAAAAAAUUAGGUCUUUAAUAGGAAUAUGCCAUCACUCAGUCCCACAAACUAUAAACUUCUUGAACUUCAAGACAAAGAUUUAAUAAAAUUUACUAGAGCACAAAACUCACUUUCAUGGAGGGGUCAAUUAACAGCAGAACAAUACGUGGAGAGAGAAUUUGUAUGUGGGAAAGGUAGAAUGACUUCCCAAAAGGUAAUUGUAUUUAUGCUUGUUAAUGAAGAUGACCCGGAACAACGUGUUGGAUCUAUUGAAUUGUUGAUCAGAAAGGGUUUGAGAUACGAUAACGAUGACGAAAACCACAAAGUGCUUGAGAAUGAUAUCUUAUGCGGUACAAUCGGUAGUGUGUUUACGUAUCCAGAACAUCGUGGGAGGGGUGUUGGUCAAAUCAUGGUUAAUAAGCUUAUCGAAAUAGCCAAAUCCAAAUAUCUUGGACCAAAAGGUUUUAUCUUUUUAUAUUCAGAAGUUGGAGAAUACUAUACAAGAAAUGGAUUUAAGUCGUAUGAAGUACCUCUUGCUAAGUUCCCACUAGGAAAAAAGAUGAACUACAAUCCCGAGAGCUCUGAUAAUUUAAAUUAUGAGUAUAUCAAAUACAAAAACUUCAUAAAUUUACUAGACCUUUACAAUCGUCAAUUCAGAACUGAUCUAAUUGACAAAGUGAAAGAAGAUGGAAAGACAAGGGUUUCAAUUAAUCCAUCAGAAGACUACAUUGACUGGUUUCAUCUUAGAGCAAAAUAUCUUGCUUCUAAAAUAUUCGAUAAAGCUUCUGAUAUGUCAUUACUUUCAUAUGAUGAAAUCAUAGAUAAGUUUCAAAAAAUUGAACCCAGUAUCUUUGGAAUCAAGGUUUCUAAAGAUUCAGAGGUUGUAGGAGGGAUCAUUUGGACAUACGAAUGGUCUCGAAACAAAGUAACUAAGGAGAACGAGAAUACAGUCACCGUUUUAAAAAUCAUUGUUGAUAAGAAGUAUUCAACCGAGGAAGUUUCCAAACAAUUAAUCCUUAGAAUGAAAUCAUAUUUGGAAUCAUCCACCACUGUCCCAUCAUUGAAAAACUUUCAACAAGUUGUUAUUUGGCAAUCUGAUUUAAAUUCAAGCCUUUGUCAAUGGAUUGAAGGAAACCUCGACGGUAAAAUAAAUCAAACAAAUUCGUCCUUAAGUGCCAUUUUAUUGAAUAAUGAUGUUGAUAAGGAAAAAUUGUUAAAUGAUGACCUUAUAUGGGAGGGAAAUGAUAAAUUGCCCUGGUGGUAAAGGGAAAAAAGAAAGAAGUUUCUACCGAUAACUUCGAGAACAAAAAAUGCUAUUCAUAUGACCCACUACUUCAUCCUUAUUUACUUAUUAGAAAAAAAAAAAUAUUUAAACUAUACUAUAUUUGAUAAUGUUUU